AUGUCAUCACAGCAGGGCAAACGAAUCGUCUUCACUGGUGGUAGCGGCAAAGCUGGACGACAUGUCAUCCCGGAGCUUCUCAAGAAGGGGCACAAGGUCCUCAACCUGGAUCUGGCACCCCUACCGAAUCCCGAUGGCGACGGCUUGAACCCGGACGUCUUCACCUUGAAAACGGACCUCACCAAGUCAGGCCAGGUCUUCAACGCCUUGACGACCCACUUCAACUUCGCUGGCUUUGACAUUGGCCAGGUGCCUCAGCCGCCCGACGUCGUGAUUCAUUUUGCGGCUCAUGCGCGGAAUAUGCUGGUGCCGGACAACAAGACCUUCGAGGCCAAUGCAGUCUCUACCUACAACGUUAUCGAAGCUGCUAGUAAGCUCGGCGUGAAGAAGAUCAUCAUCGCGUCUAGCGAGACCACGUACGGUGUGUGCUUUGCGGAAGGAGACAUCGAAUACGACCACUUCCCGUUGAGUGAGGACGACGACAUGAACCCCAUGGACACGUACGCCAUAUCGAAGCUCUGCGGGGAGAGGGUGGCACGUGGCUUCGCUCGUCGGUUCGGGAAUGACAUCUACGCCUUGCGCAUCGGCAAUGUCAUCGAGCCGCACGAGUAUGAGCAUGACUUCCCCAAGCACGUUGGGCAGCCGGAGACGCGGAAGCGGAAUGCGUGGAGCUAUAUUGAUGCCCGGGACCUGGGACAGAUAUGUGAUCUCUGCGUUCAGAAGGAUGGGCUAGGCUUCCAGGUAUUCAACGCCACGAACGACACCAUCACGACGACGGAGCCGACGCUCGAGUUCCUCAAGAAGGCAGCGCCUGGUACGAAGAUCACGCGGGAGAUGGGGGAAUGGGAGGCGCCAUUGUCGAAUAAGAAGAUCAGGGAUGUGCUAGGCUUCAAGGAAGAGCAUGACUGGCGGAAGUACUACACACCGGGUGAAAAAUAA